AUGUCAUAUCUGGGCGAAGAUCCCGCUGAUAUAACAUUCAAGUUACAGUUGGCUCUAGGCAUCGCAGAUGUUAAGAUAGUUAACACGUGGCCAAUCGCAUCAGAAGAGGAAGUGAAACUCUUCAAAUCGCAAGAUGAAACAUUCAGUUGCUGGGUGGAUCCCAACUCAAUUGAACCUCCAACACAAUUCCAAAAGAUAGUGGACGAGAGGAAGGUAUUGUUCAGUACUAAUUUGACGUACCAAUUGUCACACAUUUCUCACCCCAAAUCAUUCACAAAUAAUCCAGAAGGGCAGCACUAUUUGCUCUUAGUAUUAGUGAUGCCAAAAAAAUGCCAAAGAGCGUCUUCAACCAAUGUAAUCCCAGAAGAUUUUGACUCGAUACUAGACGAUACUGGCAGUAUAAGGGUGAAAUCUAUUGCACAAGUUCUAUUUGUCACAGCUGUGCAAUUUCAAUUGGCUGCAUAUCGACAUCAGGUGCCGGAUCCAAUUUGUGAAAUGUGUGAAUUGACAUUGGCACAGUGGUAUUGUCCUGCUGAUUCUGCUCAUUUAUGCGAUUCUUGUGAUAAAAAACAUCACGCAUCCAGUGCAAUCUUGUCGCGACAUUCUCGGCUACUGGUAUCACAAUCUCCCUUCCUAUUUGGUUAUUGCUCAACUCAUCCUAGCGAGAAGGUAAACGUCGUAUGUACUAUAUGUUACAAAUCAUUAUGUCCAUCUUGUGAAGCAUUUGGUGUAUCCACUAGUACGCCAAGCCUCGACGAAUUUUCACUAGGAAACACGACACAUCAGCACGCCCUAAUAUCGACCACCGACGCCUACAAGAAUUCUCAGAGUGAUAUAAUAUCAUCCAAAGAGCUAACGGAUGAUAUAAAAAACAAACACCAGAUAUUACUAAAUUUGUACUCCAACUAUAAAAGCACCCAAGACAAGGUGGAUCAUGUGACUACGGCCCUUCUAUCACAACUGGACAGGCACUUUAAACGACAAACAGAUUACCUAGAUUCUAGAUACCGCCAACUGAAGCUAUACUCCAACACUCUUGAGUGGCUAAUAUCCUUCAUGGACCAUUUGACAUUGGCAUUGGGUGCAGCAGAGUUUGUUUACUUGAAAAGAAAGUUUGACCUAUUUGUAGAGAAUUUUACUGAAAAGAUAUCUCUAAAAAUUGUACAUCCCAAGUGGCUUAUGCAGCCUAUAGAAUUUUGGGGUGGAUUCACUGUGGAAACCAAGUGUUCUGAUGAAAAUGAUAAUGUAACCGAUCAGGCCGCAGCCGAUGAAGACUACUUAGAUAAAUAUGAUCUUACAAAGCCUAUUAUACCAGGAGUCAAUCAGCCUGUAGAUGAAUCAUUUGCACCCAUUUACAACUUUAACAUCAAUGAGGGCCCGGAAGUUUUGAGUUUGUACCAGUCAAAUGCGCAAGAUACAUCCGAAUUGGGAAUGAACACUAGUAGCCCUAAGAACAUGUAUCCGAAUAAUUAUCUACAUGAAGUGGCCAGUUUGGCACCUUCUAACGCCAUUUAUAAUUCGGCUCAAAGGGAUUUAUAUUCACCAGUAAACACAAAUAUUCCAAUUGAAUCGUCUGUGGUUAUGACAUCACAUACUCCCAUACAAAUAAUGAAAGUACAAAGUCCAAUAGCACAAUCGGAUCGUAUAUUUCAUGACCAGUGUGUGAAUUUAAGCGUUAUAAUAACUCCAUUAAUGGUGGAUUCCCUUUGGGGGUUAUUGUCUGAACAUAGGUUUUUGCCCUUAAUCGGUUUAGUUGCAUCAUGUAAUGUCACCAAGCGCAUGGGGUUUCUUCAAGAUUUAGCCAAAUUGGCAAAUUCAUACAACUCAUUGCACUUGCUAAUACACGACUACAUUCACCACUUAAAGGAAAAGAAUACGCCGGAAUUCCUGAUGUUGCGAUCUGUUGGCAGUUUGUUUGAUUUGUUCUCGUGGUCUUUAAUUGGGGAACUAUCAACUAUGCUAGAAUGGUUUGAUACGAAACUUGCAGAGUUAGACAUGAAAUACGAAAGCUUGGAAAGGUGCAUUGAAAAUUUUGUGUUCGACCUAUCUUCCGGCCAUAUACCUGAACCUUUGGCCUGGUCCUUAUACCAAUUGUCAUCUAGUAAACUUGGCACUGACCUAAUAGCAUCGCUAUCCGCCUCAUUAGUGACUAGGGGUGAGAUAGGUGGAGAUGAUUCUAGGCAUAUUGCAUACAGCCUAUCCAAACUCGGCAUGCUCAUUUGGCAUGGCGAUCAGAACGGCCAUUUGCCAAAUAUCACCAAGAAAUUGCAUAGAGGCGUCGAGAGGUUUUUGAAAAUGCCCAAAAAGGUAGUAAAUUUGAGAUUGAAGCACACAGGCGACGCCACUGCCGUGGCUUCUGCAGUGGUUGAGCCAUUGCUGGCACUGAAGAAAGAGAUAUACGGUGAAGCAGAAUGCGGAUCUUCUCAGUUUGAUGUAAACAUUGACGUGCCAAAUCUGCAUGAGAUACUCAAAUUGGUCGCAGAUUCCAGUUUGCCUGGGUAA